UGGCAUGAAGGUGCUGUCAUGUAGCUGCUGUGACGGUCACUGCGGGCCAAACAAUGGAUGCAACUGCCCGCCAUGCCAACAGUUGGAUAAGGAGGAAGAGGACUUUGCCAAAGACCAACGGACUAUGCCUCCACCUUCCCAACCAAUUAUAGAUACCUGGACAUGGGGACAACAGCCAGGUACAAUAGAUUUGAAUUCUGAGGAAACUCAGAUCUAGCUUUGUGAACAGGGGGGGUUUAAAAUCUUUAAAAAUCCUUUAAAAGUAAAAGUAAACAAAGGUGGACAAAUCUAUUUAAAUUUCAGAAAAUCUGAUUUAGAUUUUAAAAAAUACAAUUUAAUUAUUUCAAAUAUAAUUUUAUUAAAAAAAAUUAUUUGACCCUCUUGUGACCGCUGGGCUGAUCUAUUGGCCAAGAGUGUUAUGUCAAAAAAGACGAAAGCACCGACAUUCCAAAAAAUAUCCCUCUCAACAGGGUUAAAACCUAUUUCCUACAUUACUUUAAAUUUGUAUAAAGAUUAAUAUACUUCAAAAUCUAAAGUAUUCCCAUUAAAACAUGAGCAAAAAAUCAAGUUCAAGAAAAAAAUGUGAUUUUAAUUUUAAAAAUGCUAUUUGCAUCCCAAAAAUUUGAUUUAAAUACUAUUAACUAUAUUCUAUUUAAUGUUUAUAAUCAUUAAUAUACUUAAGAUCUAAAAAAAUCAUUAUAGAAAUAUUCCAGAUAUGCACCGUCUUACUUCAGAUAUGCACCGUCUGACUUCAGAUAUGCACUGUCUUACUUCAGAUAUACACUGUCUUACUUCAGAUAUACACUGUCUUACUUCAGAUAUACACUGUCUUACUUCAGGCAUACACUAUCUUACUUUUGUCAUGUACGUAUUAAACCAAAACUCCCAUGCUCCCAGAUUAUUCCAGAUAUAAACUGUCUCACUUCAAAUAUUCACUAUCUUACUUCAGAUAUACACUGUCUUACUUCAGGUAUACACUGUCUUACUUCAGGUAUACACUGUCUUACUUCAGGUAUACACUGUCUUACUUUUAUCAUGUACUUAAACAAAAACUCUGAUGCUCCCAGAUUAUUCCAGAUAUUAACUGUCUUACUUAAGAUAUACACUGUCUUACUUCACAUAUACACUGUCUUACUUCACAUAUACGCUGUCUUACUUUAGAUAUGUACUUAAAAUGUCCCGUUCCCCCAGAUGUCCACAAACUCCAGCAAUGCCUAAGCUCCAUCCUCCAGGAGCACCAACAGCUCAGCCUGGAGGCCUUCAGCAGCUCCCUAUCCAUGACCCGCCUCCAACAGAGAAUUGCUGUCCUGGAGAGGUACUUCACUGCUCUGUGCCGGCAGAAUCAAGGGGAAAGAAGGGCCCCAUCUCGCAAGCGCCAGGCAAACCAAAGCAACCUCAACAAACAGAAAAGGUUUGUUGUAGUUUAUUUAGACAAGGAAUGGGGGAAAGGCCAUUUCCUAGUGGCUGUCGUGUGUUUGGGGUCAGGAUCGCAACAUUUAAGACAGUGGCCCACCUUCUUAUUUAAGAAAGCUUGCGUCAGUCUUAGACGAAACAGAAGGACAGGAAAUUAAAAACUUGUCCAUUGUUUUUAUUUUAUGUCUUAUUCUUCGCCAUUCUAAUGAUUAUCAGAGAUUCCCUUUAAACACAAACGAAUCUACCGAUAGUGGUGUUGUUGGCAAUAAGUGAGUGAACAUGGUUGUAAUGAGGCAGUUUUUCUCUACUCCAGCUCUGUUGUCAAGCCUGUUGAGAAAGCGACCAUGGGUCUGGCCAGAGUUGGGUCAAGGGCAGCCCUCAGUUUUGCCUUUGCUUUUCUCAGACGUGCAUGGAGGUCAGGAGAAGAUUCAGACCUUUGUGGGGAAUUGCUUCAAGUAAGCAAAUAAUCUUUUUAUUUGUUUUAUCAUUUCUAUCCUAUAAAUUGUGCUGGCUUUUUUUAAUAGGAAUGUGCACAUAAAAAAAAAUAAUUCCCUCGUAUGUAAGCCAUAAUCUAAUUAUACAAAGAAAAAUGUUCUGACUGACUAACUCUUCAAUGCUCUGCCCAAAUUUGGUGUGCACUCUUUUGUGUAAAUAGCCACACGCAAAAAAAAAAAAAAAAACUAGAUAAAGACUUUAGGAAAGUUUAUUACAUGAUUUAAUUAUGAUUUUUGUCAAAAUGAUGUUAAUUUGUUGUCAAGGUGUGCAAAUGAAAGGUAAGUGAUAUGGUCCUCGUUCGGGCACCUGUUUUAGUUGUGACAUUGACCUCGUUGGGGCCCCUGUUUUAGUUGUGACAUCGACCUCCUUGGGGCACCUGUGUUAGUUGUGACAUCUGCAGCUGACUUGCGUCACUCCAUUGAUUGUGGACGCACCAGCAGAGAUGCUGUUGUAGCCAAGAGGACAACAAUAAGUCUGGGGGAAGAAUUCAUACAUUCAUAGUAACAAAUUAUGUCUCAUUAGGUCUUGAAAACUACUUUUUAAAAAAGCUGAGAUUUAAAAAAUAAAUUAAAUUUUAUUUUUUUGGACAGUCUUAGAAAUUUAAAAAUAUUAAUAUUUUUUUAAAAAGGAAUUUUUAGAUGUUAAUUGAUUGGUUUUUGAAAAAUAAAAAUAAAAACAUUUAAUAGGUGAGUACUGUGAAUGUAAUGAGGUUUUAAAAUAAGAUGAUAUUAUGUUGAUAAAAUUGUUGUUUUAAAAUAAGAUGACAUUAUGUUGAUGUAAUUUUUGUUUUAAAAUAAGAUGAUAUUAUUUUGAUGUAAUUGUUGUUUUAAAAUAAGAUGAUAUUAUGUUGAUAUAAGUGUUGUUUUAAAAUAAGAUGAUAUUAGUGUUGUUUUAAAAUAAGAUGAUAUUAUGUUGAUAUAAGUGUUGUUUUAAAAUAAGCAAAUUAAGUAACCUCUCCAUUUUCUUGUGAAACUAAUGGAUGGUUGGCACACGCUGCCACUCCAUGGGUGCAGGCAAUAUCUGAAAAUGAAACUCAUUGUUGAAAGUGUUUUUAGUUGAAAGUAAACACAUCUUUUGGUCAUAUCUUAGUUGAAACUAAACACAUUAUUUGGUCAUAUAUUAGUGGAAACUAAACACAUUGUUUGGUCAUAUAUUGGUGGACACUAAAUACAUUGUUUGGUCAUAUAUUAGUGGAAACUGAGCACAUUGUUUGGUCAUAUCACUCUAUUUCUGAUACAGAUUGUCCAAUUAGUGUGUUUUUUUUUUUUUAAAUAGACAAUUUAAGCUGAUUAUGUUGUCAUCAAACAUAAGUUAUUUGGUUACGUAAAGAAAGGUGUUCAUUUGUCUGUAAGACAAUCAACUAAAUACAUUGUUUGGUCAUAUAUUAGUGGAAACUGAGCACAUUGUUUGGUCAUAUCACUCUAUUUCUGAUACAGAUUGUCCAAUUAGUGUGUUUUUUUUUUUUUUAAAUAGACAAUUUAAGCUGAUUAUGUUGUCAUCAAACAUAAGUUAUUUGGUUACUUAAAGAAAGGUGUUCAUUUGUCUGUAAGAAAAUCCUGCAGUUAAAAAUUAACUGUAUUAUAUUUCAUGAACCUAUGUGAUGUAAGCUAGCUGUGAUCUUACUGUCAGCCAAGGUGAAGGUCAGGCAGGCAACAUCAGGGCCAAGAAAAACAGGAUCCUCAUGGUUAUUGGGUGGUGUGUGUAUUGCAGGGUGGGGCUGUAGUACAGUAGGACAACCACUUGAUUAGCUGAUUAAUUAAAAGUAAACACCACCCCCCCCCUUUUUUUUUUUUUCCUUUCUUCCCACACAUCAAUCCUGCACUUGCAUUAAUGGUUUUUUUAAUAAAAGACUUUGCAAAAAAAUGUAAAAAGUAAACCCCCCCCCCCCCCCUUUUUUUUUUUUUCCUUUCUUCCCACACAUCAAUCCUGCACUUGCAUUAAUGGUUUUGUUAAUAAAAGACUUUGCAAAAAAAUGUAGAUAUUUCAAUGACAUUAUUGUUUAGCUAAUUUGUACUUUUAAUGUUAUUUUUUAGUUAUAAUUAGUUCUAAGAAUUAAAUAUUUUUAAUAGGUAUCCUGUUGUUAGAAUUAGCUAGUUCUAUUGAAUUUAUAUUGCCAUUUUUCAUUCGAGUUAAAAGAAAAAUACUUAUAAAAUUAGUACAUUGCUUUGCUUUGAGAUUAUCUUUUUUAUAAGAAAUUUAUAGUGAAACUGCUUAACAUCAUAUAUUAGAAAUGAAUCAUAGUAACAUCGCUGCCCUUUACUGCUCAAAUAUAUUAACACUUUGGCAUUAAAUCAAAUCUUACCUUCAAAUCUCAAUUGUCGGAAUGACUGUUUUCUCUAUAAAUAUCUGUUCUUAAAUAGCACAAUUCAAGGUCAUAGCUGCAGGCUUUAAGUGCCUAGGUUUAUUCGUAUCAUGUUAUAGAAAUUAUUUAUUUUAAGGCACCUAUAUUGUAUCUGUAUUUUAAAACAAUUUCAUUAUAUUUCAUCUUUGAAAAACUCUACAGAUGAAACUGAUAGCAAAAUUCAUGGUAGAUGAGGAAAGGAAGUAGAAGAGAUAAGAAGGUCACAAUUUGAAAAGUUCUGGUUGAAAAGUGUAAAGAAAAAAAAAAAUUUUGACAUCUGGUUAUGUGGUCCAUUAUAGCUUCAUAAAAGUUUAGGCAACGUUGAAAUGAUUGACAGCUGAUUUCCAGUGGGCUAAGUGUAGAGAAUAACUUUUCAUUAAUGAUAACUGAAAUAUAUUUGCAUCAUUGAAUGAUGACCUUGGACAGGCCAACUUUUUGUUCAUCCCUCAGUGAAAUGACAUAUAAUUUGCAUGUGCAGUUAAUAAUUUAAGCAAAUAUCUGACAUUAAUAUGAAGCUAUUUCAAUUGUUAAUGUUUUUGUUUAAAGCAGUGUCCCCAAAUAAUGGUCUGCGGACGGGCACGGGUCAGGAGUCUUUCGUUGCCAGUCUGCACAACACGAAUAUUUAUGGUCAAAUAAAAAGAAAAUAUAAUUAAUAAAUCUGGUGCUGGUCCCUGGUGCAAUUUCAAAACUUGUGCACCGCUCCGUCAAACUAAAAAGCUGGGCAAACGCUAUUUUAAAGCUUCAUUUAUCAUUGGAAAUAAGUUAACUCUUCUAUCUGAUUGGAUUGUUGGUGGGCAUGCAAGUUGUCUUAGGAUCUAUGCUUCUAUGGGCUGCUAGAAAAUGUCAGCAUUUCUUAUCUUCAAGGAUUCUAGGUUGAGUAUCUGAGAGAAAUUUAAAAAAAAAUAGGAUUGACUUACAUUUUGCACAUUUUUUUAAGUUGAACAUAAAUGUAGGUUGUUAGCUGUAAUCCAAUUAUAUUCUGCUUCAGGGUUCACAUCUCCAUGAAGUCGCUUGUCAUAAUCCAUUUGACGUGGUUCAUUUUGACUUGACAUAUGUUAUGUCAGUGUUUUCUGGAUGUGUUUAAAUGUAUUGUGCACUUGUAAAUUAGAAUAAUAAAUACACGGGAAAGGCACCAUGGCUGAAUCGUCUGCAGGAAAUCAAAUAACACGGAAAGGUGUGAAAAAGAAUAAUUUCUUUCUUUUCUUUUCUUUUUUUUUUUAGUACUUCAUAAGGCAUCUCUACAUAAGGCAUCUAUACAUAAGGCAUCUAUACAUAAGGCAUCUAUACAUAAGGCAUCUAUACAUAAGGCAUCUAUACAUUUAUAAUAUUUCGACCAGAUUUUGGUUUCUGGGAACAAGGGGCGGCAAAAUGAAGGACAGCGUCACACCAGCUCUUGCUAUUGCACUGCCCCAGGCUUCCCCUGCCUGUAAGCAAGCUCACUGCCAUGCCAGUGACUAGUCCAAAUAUGAACUUUGUGAAGACAUGUCCAUAUGUUGACUACAAAAUAUUUCAUUAGCAGCUGUGUAAUCAGUCAAGCAUGUGAUAUUUCAAAGCAUUGUAUUUUAGUGCACAACACUAGGAGCACAGACUACUUUGGUGCUAGGUAAACCCUAGAUCCAAGUGUUUUUUUGUUAAAUACAAGGUCAUCUUUUCAUCAACCAUGAACAGACUAAAAUGUCUCCGUGGGUAUAUAUUUGAAAUUUUGGGUAUUUGUGGAUAUAUUUGGGUAUCUGUGGGAAUAAAUCAGUGUUUUCUAAACGAGAUGGUCUCCUUGGUCAAGGGAGUGAUCAUUUAACAAGGUUUUCAUUUGCCAGUUCAGCAGAUCCAAGUUCCUGUUCAGUCUGUCAAUCUUUGAUCCAACAACAGUAUUGUUAAACUGACUGUCCAAGUGGUAGCCAUUAACAUAUUUAUAGGAUCUUAAUUGUGCAGUUCUAACUUCAACAUUCUUAAGAUGAAUUAGCUCCAGGCAAGUUUGAAAGGUGUAAAGCGACAACAAAACAGGAUGCAUUUCAGAUGUUUAAUUAUAUAAGAUAUAAUUUACAAUCUUGGGAAUGCAUUUUAAAAAAAUAGAUAAAAAUCUCAAUGUCAGUUAUAGUUGAUGUCAACCUAUCUUUCCAUUGGUUGGCGCAUGCAAUAGGUUAGACUUAGCAGUUUCAUCACUCCUGCUUACGUGUGACAUCUGCAGGCCACAUGUGUCACACCAUUGACGGUGGAUGCUCCGGCAGCGAUGCUACUGAAACCAUCAGGACAACAAAAAGUCUGGGGGAAAGCAUAAAAAACAUUUUAGUUCACAUUUAUAAGAUCAGGUGCUGAAAUCUAAUUGAAAAACCAGACAAUCCAAUCAUUUACUGAUAUUACUUUGAAUGCAAUGAGGAUAUCCUAUUAUUUACUGAUAUUACUUUGAUUGCAAUGAGAAUAUCCUAUCAUUUACUGGUAUUACUUUGAAUGCCAUGAGGAUAUCCUAUCAUUUACUGAUAUUACUUUGAAUGCAAUGAGGAUAUCCUAUCAUUUACUGAUAUUACUUUGAAUGCAAUGAGGAUAUCAUAUUAUUUACUGAUAUUACAUUGAAUGCAAUGAGGAUAUCCCAUCAUUUACUGAUAUUACUUUGAAUGCAAUGAGGAUAUCCUAUCAUUUACUGAUAUUACUUUGAAUGCAAUGAGGAUAUCCUAUCAUUUACUGAUAUUACUUUGAAUGCAAUGAGGAUAUCCUAUCAAUUACUGAUAUUAAUUUGAGUGCAAUGAGGAUAUCCUAUCAUUUACUGAUAUUAAUUUGAGUGCAAUGAGGAUAUCCUAUCAUUUACUGAUAUUAAUUUGAGUGCAAUUAUUAGGAUUUGAAAAUGUUACUUAAAAGAGGUGCCUGUUUUGGCUUAUGGGAAAACUGUUUUAAAGUGAUAGAAUUAUUUCACCUCUCCAUUUUCAUGUGCGACUAUGGUAUGAUGGACACAUGCCGAAACGCCCACUAUGCAAUCAGAAUCUGAAAUUGAACAUAGUUUUUUUAUUCUAAAAAUGAAGAUAGUGUUUAGUGAUAUUAAUCAUAUACUGUGUAGGAUCAUACAGUUAUUUUUUACUAAAAGAAAAGUAAAGGUCACAAAUAAGUUGUUUCUCAAAGACAUACUCUAUAAGCUACUUAAAAAUCAUGAAAUAUAAAAAUUGAUGCAUCCAAGGUAGUGUUACAUACUGUUAUAGAUAGUUUUGCAAAUUCAUUUCCUUUAAGAUUUGGCUUGUGGAGUGAACAAUACGCAACAAAGGACUGAAAACCAGCAGACAAAGAAAAAUGAUACCAAAGCUAGUGGUAUUAUCAAUAUUCAAUUUUUUUAUACUAUUAAAUUUAAAAAUACAAAAUGAAAUGUACAGAAAUAAAAACGAUAUUCACCUAUAGCACAGCAAGUGAAAAAGUUUAAUCCUCGAAAGAUACAAAUAUUAAUAUACAAAAAAAAAAGAGUAAAAUCUUGUUAGGCUCUUUGUUUUAAUAUUGAUUAAGAUUAAUAUGUCUCGUGUCUAUGAAAUCUAGCAAAAAAAUCUCUGCUGGGAAAGCUGCCGCCUUAUUUAUGGGGAGGGUGUUAGAAUCGUCCAGAAAGGAAAUUCUAGAACUUGCAUCAUUCAUAGCAUUCUUUUGAACAAAUAAGAAGUAAACAACCUUUUCCAAAUCAAAGGAGGGGAGAGGGUGGUUCAGCGCUACACAUUUAAAAUGUGUCAAAAUCAAAACAAAAAAAUGCGGAGAGAAGUGGUGGAUUCUUUAGCUCAACGUUGAAACAAAAUUAGGUCAACACACAGGCUAUAACAAUAGUCUACAUAACUAGGUUUCCCGGGGGUGAGAGGUGGCAUUUCAGGAAGUGCAAGGAAAGGGCAUAAUAAAAAUCGAGGCAACAGGAGCCUUUAAGUCAUGAUAUAAAUGUUGAAACGUUAUUAGCCAUUUGAUAUAAAUGUUGAUUUUCCUUUGUGCAAUAAGUCUUAACAUUUAUUUUUAAGUUUGACAGUUUGGCAAUUCAAUAUACAAAUUAUUAUAAGUCCUUUUUUUUUUCUUCAAAUUUUAAAAUGGAUUGUUACUUUUUUAUGGGGUGUCAGACUUAGUCAACAGUUUGUAGGGGUCGCCAGAUUUAGUCAAACAGUUCGAAGGGGGUGCCAGAAUUAGUGAAACAAUUGAUGGGGGUGGGGUGUGAAACUUUAGGGAGUGUAAAGUAUAGAAAAUGUUGGGAAACUAGUCUAAUAAUUGUAAGGGAGUAGAGUAUUAUAGAAAAGGUUUGGAAACUAGUCAAAGAAUGUAGGGAGUGUCGAGUAUAGAAAAGGUUGGGAAGCACUGUUAUAUACGACAAACUUGAAUGCAUCAAAUGUUUAUUUCUCUCAGGAUUUUGAAGUCACUCAGAUUAAAUUAAAGUUAUAAUCUUAAAACUUAUUUAUUGUAUUUCUUGCUUUUGUUUUUGAAAAGUGACCAAAUUAAAAUCUUACUGGCAGCCAAUGUUAAAGUCAAGCUGGCAACAAGCAGGGCCAAGACAAAUAGGAUCUUCAUUGUUAUUUGAAGGUGUUGUGUACUGCUGGGUGGUUCUGUAAUAGAGUACGACAAAGAAGUGAAUAGAUUAUGUGAAUCUGUCUAACUUUUUGUAAGGCAGCAACACAUUUAAGAGAGGCACAUUUUAGAUUCAGUUAAUAUCUUCAGUUGUCUUUUGAUUGGUGUAAAAUAUAUUUUUACAAAUUCCAUUAAAUGAGUGUAAACUUAAUAUGCAGUUAAGGGAAACCUAUUUGUUUUUUUAAAAAUAACUUUGUUUCAAAUGCAUCAAUAAAUUUUAAAAACUGGAGUCUAAAUAGCAGCUCUUCAUCUUAUGCUUAUUUCUUUACAAGAAAUGUUUAUUUUGGGAUUUACAAAGAAAAAUGUACUUUGCUUUAACAUUAUAUACUUUAAACAGACUCUCCUACUCAAAGUUGUAAGGCUGAGUAAUGUAAAAUUUUGUUCAGAAUUACAGUCAAAUCUUACCUUAGAAUUCUGGAUAUGUUUGUUUGAAUAAUUGUUCUAUAUAAAAUAAUUGGUCUUAUAUAGCACAAUUCAAGGCCAAAAGAAUAGACUUCAAAUUGUAGGACACCAACUUAGAGCACAAUUCUUGGUUGAUAAGUAAAUGAAAUAAUAGAAUUGAAUAGAUAAGGAGGUCACGUUUUGAAAGUUCUACUAAAAGUGUUAUGAAAAAAAGAAAGAAAGUAUUUGAACUUGUGGAGUCAGUUAAGAGUUACAUACAAUCUAAGGAAAUAAUGUCACGAUUGGCUUAAAUAACACAAUUCAAGGCCAUAGCAAAAGAUUUUAAAUAAUGUAGGACACCGACUUACAGCACAAUUCAUGGUUGAUAAGUAAAUGAAAUAAAUGAAAUAAAAGGACUGAAUAGAUAAGGAGAUCACGUUUUGAAAAGUUCUAGUCUAAAAGUUUAAUGAAACAAAAAAAAAGGAAAGAGUCAGUUAAAAGGUACAUAAAAUCUAAGGAAAUAACUGCAUGUAUUUGAGAUGAUUAAGUCACAUCACUUUGUAUCAAUCACAAGCAACACAUUUUAAAUGUACUGUACAAACAGCAGUGCAAACUAUGCAUUUACCUAAAACUUAAGCUGAGAGAAGACAUUAUGCCAUCAUAUUUAAAAAUAUUUUUUGGGAUAUUUAUGCAUUAAUAAUUGUUAUCAAAGUCCUUGAGGCCAGUGAACAAUUAUGGCAAUGAGAUAUUAUCGAAUCUUAUUUUCUUAACUGAAUCAUGGCUUCCUGAUUCCCUAACUUAUUGCCCAAUCUACCACUUCAACGGCGGAAAAGAAUAUACACAGAAUAUAAGUAAAUACAUCUAUAGUGUCUGUGGCCUAGUAGUCACAAACUCACUAAGCAUAAAUUAGCUUGUAGACCAUCAUAUAAUUAUCUUAUAAGGCUAGUGUUUUAUAAAGGUCUCAUUUAUUAGCAGGAAUACACUUAAAGUGAAAUCAAUUUUGUUAAAGUUUUCUGAAAUUAAGUUUUCUUGUUCAUUGGAUUUCUGAACUAUUAGAUUUGACAUAUAUGUAACCUUGGACAAACUAAACUAAAUUGUGUCCAUGCAUAUUUGAACUAUUAGAUGGACAUAAUUGUAAACUUGUAGAAACUAAAUUGUGUCCAUGCAUAUUUGAACUAUUAAAUUGGACAUUAAUGUAAACUUGGACAAACUAAACUAAAUUGUGCCCAUGCAUAUUUGAACUAUUAGAUUUGACAUAAAUAUAACCUUGGAAAAACUAAAAUAAAUUGUGUCCAUGCAUAUUUGAACUGGAACAAGACAUGUAAUUGCAGCAAAAAACGCUACAUUUUUAUAGAAAUAAAUGACCUAAUUAUCAAAUUUUCCCAAUGGAUUAACAGAUGUAUUCUGUCUGUUUGAUUCUUCGUUGGUGAUGUUCAUAAGGUUUUGCUGACAUGUAUUUUUGAAUUGUUGGCCACACAGAUUUUUUUGGGACCAAGUAUUUGCAAAUUAGUUUGUGCAUUUCUUAUCUACAAGGUUUAUAGCCUGAAUCCUCCUCUGUAAUAAACAUGUUUUUGUUACGUGAUGGCGGAAUUUAAAAAUAGCAUUGUCCUGCUUUGGACAAAUAUUUUCUCAGUUUGACAUAAAUGGGGGUGGAUAGUUAUAGUUGAAGUAUAUUCACCUAGUUCUUGCGUCAUGUCAUUUUGCACCUUGCAGUCUUAGACUGUAAACUAUGAAACCCCCUCCCCCCCCCCACACCCACUUUAAAAAAAAGAAAACAACAACUUUGUCAUGCAAUUGUAAUUAUUUUCAUAGACUGUCAUUAAAUAUCUAUCACACUGGUACAUCAAAGAAAUAGACACAAAGAAAAGACACAAUGACUUAAUUAGGUGUCAGAUCACAAGAAAAGUUCUCAAACCACAAAGACAAUUCUCAGACAUAAAGAAAUCCAUAAGUUCGUUUUUUUUUUUUUCACUUUGUAUGAGCUUCGUAUGUUUUUAUAUAUUGUACAUGAUGAGGAGAAAGGACGGCAAUCAGCAGGGAUGGAGCACAAAUUCCAAUGAAGCUCAGUAAUUUGUUCAUGGACCUGACAUCCCCCCCAGCCUUCACUUGCCUGGGGGGGGGGGGAGGAACGUUUACUGCCGCGUGAAAUGCUAUUCAAAUUCAUACAGAAAUCUGGCAGUUAAGCCAUGAAUAAGAUAUUUCCUGCACAUUUCACCUGCUGCGUAAUCAUCACCCAAGCAUACACUAUUUUUAGCACAGUACCCGAGCGUUCAACACAAGCAAGACAGAAUACUUUGGAACAAGGCAAUAUUUGGAUUUCUUUGAUUAAAUAUGAAGUCAUCUUGUCAUCAACAAUGGACAGAAAAUUUGAUGGGGAAAAUAAUAGAAAAUCAAGAAUUUGUGUAUCAUGACACUAAAGCAGGCCUGCACAACAUACGGCCCGGGGGCCGCAUGUGGCCCGCCAGCACCCACUUGGCGGCCCGCUAAGAAACGAAAUAAUCUUUUUUAUUAUUACUUUCUUAAUAACCUUCGCCCCUGUCCUAUUAUCUUUCGGCCUGCACAUGUUUUUCAUUAAGUAUUACCGCCCCCCUUAAAUUUUGAGUUGUGCAGGCCUGCACUAAAGCAUUCAUCAGCAAAUAUUACAGCAAAAGUUCUAGUCUAAAGUUUUAUUUAAAGUAAAGGAGUUCAAUUGCCAACACUCAUCACCAGGAAAAAAAAAACUUAAAAAAAACUGUGAGUUUGAAUGUCACAUGAUUUCCAAUGUUAUUAAAAUAAUCUAAUUUCAUGAGACUUAUUUAGAAGUUGCGCAGUUUGAUGAAGUUUUCCAUUCUCUUUUAUUUCAGGAAGGCCAUGAUGCCUUGAGAUCACUGCAAGAAUGUACUCUGUUUGAACCUCACUAUUCUCUUUUAUUUUAGGAAUUCCAUGAUGCUCUAUGAUUACUCCCAGAAACUUCACUUUUUGAAGCAUUCUAUUCUCUUGUUUUUCAGGAAUCCCUUGAUGCCCUCAGAUCACUACCAGAAGCUACUCUGUUUGAAGAAGGGUCUGUGUCCUCUGUGUGGCUGGAGGUGGUGGAGAGAGCCACAAAAUUCCUGCAUUUCGUUGUUGCUGGGUGAGCUGUCCUUAUUUAUACAUUAUCAAAUUUAUACCAGAAUAAACUAAGUUUUAUUUAUAAAUUUCAAGAAAAUAAACUUUUUUUCCCACACGUUAUAGUCUGUAUGUUGACCUAGUUUUACUUCACCACAAGCCGUGGCAUUCAACCUUACCUGCUCUCCCCCUUUUUGUUUUGUUAGUGAUGUCACUGAUGAAAUGUGUAGUGCCAAUCGCCCCUCCCUUGAUUGGGAAAAGGUUGUUUACUUUCGAAUACAUUCUAAUUUGUUUUAAAGAUGGCCAUUAAGUGAUGCAAUUUCUUUUCUGGAGCUGGAGGGUUUAAGCUUUCUACCUAAUAAUAAAGCGGCAGCUUUCCCAGAUGUAGAAGAGAGAUUUUUGCUAAUUUUCCAAGACAUUCACGAGAUGUAAUAUACUUGCAAGAAAUACUCUUUAUAUGUGUGUGUAAAUUAAUAUUUUUAGCUUUUGAGGUUUGUAAUUUUUCACUUGCUGUGCUGUAAGUUCAUAUAGUUUUUAUCUCUGUCUGUUUGCUUAUGUAUAUUUUAUAUAAAUUUAAUGGUAUAAUUAAAUUGAUUAUUGUUAAUAUCUGUAGCUUUGGCAUUGUUUUUUCUGUAUAUGCUGGUUUUCAGUCCUUUGUUACGUAUUGUUCAUUCCAUGAGCCAAAUCUUAAAGCAGAUUAAAUUUACAAAAACCACUUAACGGUACAUGACGCCACACAAGAACAGGUUAAAUACAGAAUUUUUUUCACAUGAAACAUACAUGUUUAAGAUAGAUCUUGAGAAGCAUAACUAUUUUUGUUAGAUAUUGUCACAUAGCUUUUGCAAUAGCAAGCAACCUCAGUGUGAUGUCAUUCAUAUUUCCAGAGUUAUUGUUGAUAAAUUUACAAAAACUAAACACUGCUGAUACUAAUAGUCUUUUGUAUUUAUGGCUAACAUUGGUAAUUAUUAAAUUAUUUUAUUCAUUUUAUAUAUAUAUAUAUGUAUGUAUGCAUGGCAUCUUUCCGUCUGCGGGAGACGAUAGAUUAUCUUUAUUGCUUGCAGCUCUUGGUGUGGCUGGUGAGACCAAUCCUCGAAUGGCAGUCUCUGUUACAUUUCCCACACACGAAUGCCGUGGAGCAGUAUUUACAUGCCUUCCUCCUCGCUCUUUUUGCAGCUGUUUCCGCCCUGUUUUGAUCAUCUGCCUUCACGAUGCCCCGCCAUGAGGAUCUAUCCUCUGCCAGCUCCUCCCAGUUUGAGAUGUCGAUGUUGGCCGACUUCAUAUCUCUUUUGCAUAUGUUUAAGUAUCUCAGACAGGGCCAUCCAACUGACCUUUUCCCUGUCGCCAGCUCGCUGUAUAGCACGUCCUUUGGUAUGCGACCAGGUUGCAUUCGCUUGACUUGUCCAAGCCAGCGGAGGCGUCUUUGGAUUAACAUGGCUGGGAUGCUACACAUGUUUGUUUGGGACAGGACAUCCACGUUGGGGACUUUGUCUUGCCAUUUAAUGUCAAGGAUGUGGCGCAGGCAUCUGAGGUGGAAGCCAUUGAGCCUUCUUUCGUGUUUAGAGUAUGUGGUCCAUGACUCGCAUCCAUACAGAAGUAUGCUAAGUACAGGCCUGGUACACCUGCAGCUUAGUUUGUUGUUGUGAGUUUGGCGUUUGACCAGACUCUUUUCUUCAGUCUGGCCAUAACAGUUGCGGCCUUCCCUAUCCUCCCACUUAUCUCAUCCUCCAUUGAGAGGGUGAUCGAUAUGUUGGAUCCCAUAUAUGUGAAUCUGUCAACAGUAUCCAAGUCGUAGUCGUCGAUGGCGAUAGUGGGGAGGGAGUCAGCGCCCUGUGCCAUAAUGUUAGUUUUCUUUAGGCUAAUUGUCAGGCCAAACUCUUUGCAGGCAGCAGAUAGGCUGGAUACAAGGCUCUGCAGGCCAUCUGCUGUGUGAGAUACCAAAGCGGCAUUGUCCGCAAACAAGAACUUCCGCAGCAAGACCUUUCUUGUUUUAGUCUUAGCUCUAAGGCGGGCAAUGUUGAAUAAUUUGCCGUCAUCUCUAGUGUGGAUGUAUAUCCCCUUGCUGUUGUUCUGAAAGGCAUACUGGAGUAGGAUGGAGAAAAAGAUUGCAAAUAAAGUAGGAGCCAGCACGCAACCUUGCUUUACUCCACUACUCACUGGAAAAGCUUCUGAGGCGGCACCGUUAUAGCACAGUGCCCUGCAUGUUUUUGUGGAACUGCUUGAUGAUGUUAAGCAGUCGUGUAGGGCAGCCUAUCUUUUUGAGCAUCUGAAACAGGCCGCUUCUGCUCACAAGAUCAAAAGCCUUAUAUAUAAAACAUGUAUGCUUUUGUACAGAGAUACAUUGCUAUAAAGCAGAUAUAUUUAUAUAUAAAUAAAAAUAUAACUUUAAAAGAAAACAAAUAAUUUUCUUAAAAUAAUUCUUUUGUUACCAGAGACUUGGUUGGUGGUACGGGAGGUGGACAUGGGGGCUCAUCCAAGAUCCCUGUCCAAGACCAGCAGAUUGCCCUCUGCCUCAUCCUGGAGCUGGCGGUUCAGAAAGGGGCCCUGAGCAGCGUUCUGCAGGCCGUGCUCCUGCUGCUGAACCUGUGGAACAACAGCCACCACGACUACGACAACAGGGUCAGCAGCAGCCUGGUCUCGGCUCCGCUCAUUCCACUACUCAGGAGGUUUGAGGGUAUACACAAUGCCAAGUCAAAGGCUUCUCACACUGGAAAAUAUGAUGAGGUAAGUGAGACCUUCUCAGGGAAUAGUUUAAUUGUGGCAAGACAGGAUUUUAAAAAAUCUUUAAUCUCGUAAUAAAAAUUUAAAAAAAGAAAACAACUCUGUGUGCAUCAUCAGUGAUACACUGCAAAUUGUUGAAUACAAGUCCUGUUGUCAUAUACUAUGGACUUUAAAAAUAUUAACUCUGUGUGCAUCAGUAAUACAUUGCAAAGUGUUUUGUACAAGUCUUUUUGUCUCAUUCUAUGGACCUUGGGAAAGACUGUAACUCUUUACAAUAAUCACCCCCCAACCCGCCAAACCCUUUAUAUUUUUGCAAUAUAACUUCAGUAUUGAAAUUUGUAUUAUAUGUAACUGUUACUGAUAUUAUUUUUGGUCCAGUUCUCUUUUGUAGAUCUAAUUUCCUUGACAAUAUCAAAACCAUUGUAUUUCAGAACGCUGUCAGCCCAACAGAGUGCUUUCUUCAACAUCUCACCUAUCCAGAAGAGGAAGAGACAGCCGUGGACCUUCGACAAAGUGCCGUGGUUGUCAUGUCUCAUCUUGACCGGCUGGCUUCACCUUACCUGCCAGUCAGUUCAACUCAGAAGGUCUGUCUCAAACAUCAUCAGUUUAUUUUUGGUUCAACAUUGAAGCUCAAUUAUUUUGAUCUCACAAGAAUAUUAGGCCCCUAAAGCAUUAAGAAUUCCUAGCUAUCAUUUUUCAGUGUGAAUUUUUAAGCAAGUGUAAAAGGUUUUCUAUCUUUUAAAUUAGCUCGUGUGAUUUACCCGUUCAACUCGCACAUUUUGUCUCCAAUCCAUUUAUCCCAGUCCCACUGCCAGGCGGUGACCCAAGAAAUCAUUGGCCUGGGAUGGUUGUCAUGGGCAAACAGCACCAACGCCACAGCUCCCCACAUUCUGGAGGUCUUCAAUGACCUCGGCGGUGUCCAGCAGAUUGUCUGCGCUGAGAGGUGUCUGCUGGCACUGACCAGGAAUGGCAGAGUGUACACAAUGUACUACAGCUCAGACACACAGGUAGGGGGCUCCACUGCAUAGUUAUUUAUAGCUCACUGCAGGGUUGUGAUUCAGAUUAUGUGUCUGUUUGGAUCUGUAUUUUGUAAAGGAGUGAUGAUAUGGAAAUAGGGGAUUGUGUUAUUUGAGCUAAGGUCCCAGGCUAAAGUAAGUCACCAAAAACUGUGGAUGGAGUUUUGUCUUCAAGGUUAACAGAAGUGCAUUGUGGGGGAUGGUUGGUAUUUAAAGAACAAAAUCUAAGUUAAAUAUAACAACCCAGGGAUGAUGAUCGAUGGCUCUGGAGAGACGAAUGAACAUCUAGCUAUUUGGGAAGGGGCACUAUAUGCUAAAAGGAAGGUGUACAAAAUCCUACAAAAGCAAAAACCUACUUUUGAUGAAAGUUGUCAGGAAAUUGAAGGGGGAGGGUGGUGUUAAUUAAUGUACCCAUAGGAUGCGAGUGAGUGAUGAAAGUAAAGAUGUUUUCAUAAUAUAACAUCCAUUAGAGGCAGCUGAGAGCCAAUCAAGAUGAGAGGGAAAGAGGUCUGGCUUAUGUUGCAUACAUAAUAGUUUAUGUCAUAAAGUAAAAUCAAAUUUAGCCUUAAGUUUUAUCAUACUGUCUAGUGUUUGAGCAAGCACCCCCCCCCCCCCCCCCCCCCCCCCCGCAUCCAGUCUGGUUUAACAACAAGCCUCAUCUUGUCUUGAAACACUCCGACAAAAACAUUGUUAAGUCAUUAUGGAAUAAAGUGGAUUUCAUUAGGACAAAAUCAGUUUCUCCCCAAGCUCUUCUUGUUUGGCCUAUAAGUGCAAUCACACUACCCUGAAGCUGAGUAAUUUAGUAGAGACUAUGAGUGAAGAUCUCGAGGCAUACCGCUAUAUAGUAUCAAUCCUCACAAACUGUGGAGGAUAUAGUGACAUAUGAAGAUAAAUUUGUUAAAUUUCUCCUCAGUCCCCGCAACCAGUGGUAGGCUUUGGUGAGAAGGAAAUUGUUAAACUGGCAGCACAUGCGGAUGGCAAACAUUACCUGGCCCUGACAAGUGAAGGAGAUGUGUACUCAUGGGGUAACGGGGAUGGUGGACGACUGGGUCAUGGGGACAACAUGUAAGUCAUUAAAUAUUAGAUCUGUUAGCCCUGACUUGUUCAUUAGAUAUGUGCCUUGUGUGUGUGGAUUCAUUAAAUAUAUGUUCAUUAAAACAGUGCUUUUCUGUGUGGAGUCUUUGAAUAGUUACUGAAAUGGUAACAGAAAUUUGAAAAGAUAAAAGACUCUUUCAAGCAUGCAUCAAACAUGUUAAUAAAUAUCUGCAAACAAAAAGCAAUGUAUAUAGUCAUUUUGGCUUACAUUCUUUCAGUUCCAGCGAUGAGCUAACAUAAUAUAUAACAGCCCUGUCCUCAUUCUUUCAGUUCCAGAGAUGAGCUAACAUAUAUAACAGCCCUGUCCUCAUUCUUUUAGUUCCAGGGAUGAGCUAACAUAGAUAACAGCCCUGUCUUCAUAUUCUUUCAGUUCCAGAGAUGAGCCAACACUUAUAACAGCCCUGUCUGGCAAGCACAUUGUCCAGAUCUGUGCUGGGAGUACCUACAGUGCCGCCAUCUCCUCCAGCGGAGACCUUUACACCUGGGGGCGUGGCAACUAUGGACGACUUGGUCAUGGCUCUAGUGAAGACCAGUGCUACCCCAGUAUUGUUGCCGCACUCAAGGGUCACAGGGUCAUCGAUGUAGCCUGUGGGAGUGGGGAUGCCCAGACACUAGCAGUUACUGACACAGGUAUUCCUUGUUACAGAUAAAGGUGUUCAUUGUUACAGACACAGGUAUAGAUUGUUACAGACUCAAGUCUUCAUUGUAACAGAUUCAGAUAUUCAUUUUUAGACACAGGUAUUCAUUCCUACAGACACAGAUAUUCAGUGUUACAGAUACAGUUAUCUAUUAUUACAGACACAGGUAUUCAUUGUUACAGACACAUUUCAUUAUUACAGACACAGUGAUUCAUUGUUAACUUGAUCUACUAAGAUGUAACAUUCUAUUGCUAGGAGCUGUGUACUCAUGGGGGGACGGGGAUUAUGGCAAACUGGGUCGAGGUGGGAGCGAUGGCUGCAAGGCACCAAAGGUCAUUGAGAAGCUCAUGGGACAGGACGUUGUCAAAGUCUACUGUGGGGCACAGUUUAGUCUGGCCCUGACUAAGUCUGGCAACAUCUUUUCCUGGUUAGUUUUUGCAGUCAGUUAUCUUUUCCUGGUUAGUUUUAGCAAUCAGUUAUUUUUUCUGGUUAGUUAUCAGUUAUCUUUUCCUGGUUAGUUUUAGCAAUCAGUUAUUUUUUCCUGGCAAGUCUUACCAAUGUGAAUGUUUUCAAGAAUUGCACAUUCUAAAAUCUAAAGCUCUCUUCUUGUUUACAUUAUUUUUCAGAAAGACUUCAUGAAAUAUUUCUAAACUCGUAAAUGUCUUUUAACUAAGUAAUUUAGCUUUGUGAACCAAUUUAAGCAUACAACUAAUGAAGUUUAAAUGAAUAUUAAAUGGUAUGAUAAAUCCUUGCUUUUGUUAUAAUGUGAGGGACAAGCUUUAAAUAUCUUAUUCUACUAUUUCCUUGAUUUUUAAAAAAUGUAUACAUUUGAUCAGGGGCAAAGGAGACAAUUUUCGACUGGGCCACGGCUGUGAGGAGCACAUGAGGCACCCCAAGCAGAUGGAAGGAUUGAAUGGUAAGAGAGUCAGGAGUCUCGCCAUAGGCUCCAUGCACUGCGUGGCUGUCACAGAGGAGGGAGAGGUCUACAGCUGGGGCAAAAAUGACCAGGGUCAGUUAGGGGAUGAAAGCCAUGCCAAUGUGACGGAACCAACUCUUAUCCCAGGGCUGGAAGGGAAACAUAUCGUUGGUGCUUCCUGUGGUCCAUCUCAGGUAUGCCUUGCAUUAACUAUAGGGAUUAUUUUGUCAGUGUACAUUUUCUAAUUAAGCCCAAGUAAAUAAUGGUAGUAAUGUCAUUAACAUGCAUAUGCUACCACAAAGUAAUAUUGAAACUAGUGGAGAGCUAGUUCAUCUAAAGCAUAACCAAAUAGAGCUAAAGCUGACCAAGGUAUCUAAAUUGUGUAGGAAGUGAUUUUAAGCCAUUUUAUUUUAAAUAAGCUUUCAGAGAGAGGGAGGGGGAAUUGGGGUAGGAAAGCGUGAGAGGGUUAGGGAGGGGGUGUGAGGGAGAGUGAGAGAGGUAGGGUGAAAGUGUGGUAAUGAGAGGGUGUGAAAGAGAGGGAGGGAGAAAGUGGGGUAGGGAGAGAGUAGUUUAUGUUUGACCAUAGAUGUGUAGAUUCAAUGCCCAGAUCAUAUGUCAGCUAGUGUCAUUCCUUCUUGCAGAGUUUUUUCUGGUCAUCUAGCGACCAGUGGACAGUGGGCUCCAGGAUCCCCUUCAUCGUGGACCUGUCCAAAGGAACAUUCGAACAGAUUGACGAGCUCUUGAGGGAGGUCUGUGAUGGUAUGGAUGGCCGUAGUGACUGGCCUCCUCCACAAGACAAGGAAUGCAUUGCUGUGGCAGGAUUGAACUUGCUCAAUUUACAGGUACAGCUCUUAGCGGCAAAUAGAUUGGUCUUCAUAACAUAUCCACUGUCAGUCUUCCCACUUCCUUUCUUUUCCUCUGCAUUGUUGUGAGAGGACUUUGCCCUUACUUUUUCAUUUCUUUCCAUUGACUCAUUUAAUAGGCAGGAUAUUAAUUAUUAAUUAUAGACACAUUUAAUUUAAAUUUAUGCAGUUUUAAUUUUUCUGAUGAAGCCAUUAGCUGAUAUGUUUUCAUUUAUAUUUUGUCGUAUAAUUACAGCACAACUAUACUGUUUGGCUUCACACAUUUUGUUUGUAUGUUAUUAAUCUAAAAGCAGUGUUAGUGGAUUAUUUGAUCUUUUGAAAAGUCAAUUGCCAGACAAUAGAAAGCUCAAGAUGUCUUUUAAAGCAACGUUUACAAAGCUGGUCGGUCACAUCAAAGGGCAAACUAAAUGUUGACAGUUUAAUUAUUGCCCUCAGCUCCAUGCUGCUAUUUGUCAGACUGAGGAUGUGGAGCACCUGGGUCUUCAUCAAGGGACAACACUGGUGGAGAGUUUGAAGCAGAGGGUUGUCACCCUUUCUAGUAACAAUGGGGUGAUCGGCACUGUUCAGAGAGCGGCUCAGGCGGCACUGCAGAGUGGCUGGUCUUUGCUGCUGCCAACACCAGAGGAAAGGGCCAGGGCUUUGUCCUCACUGCUUUCAUCAGGAGGUAAGGGCUUAACUCAUUCACUCUCUUCAUCUUUUGAUUGAAUUAAGAUUAUCCCCCAUGGGCUGUCACAUUCGAAACAUGAUACCUUAAAAUUUAUAUAAAACUAGUUGCACGUAUUUUCCUUGGACCCCUUCUGGUAUAUAUUGAAUCAUUGGUUGACUUAACUAUCAUAUGAAAUUGUUUUGUACGAAUUCAAACAAUAGUACGUCGGCAUAGCUCAAACCCUGCAUUUGUAUAAAAGAACUUGAUGCCUUAACCCAAUGCUACGCGAUACCUAUAAAGCAGUUUACCGACAUUCUUGAUAUUAAGUUUAAGUGGUAAGAUUCUACCUCAUACUGACACCACUGAUGAUAUUAAGUUCAUUGACAGUAUUCCACCCACUGGCUCCACUGUUCAUGUUAAGUUUAAGUAACAAACCCUUUUAAGCAACGAAUGGUUUAUUAGUGAAUUAAAAUAAUUACACAUGUUUGAUCUGAAUUUUUUUUUUGUUGUCAUUCAGGUAGAGACAUGACAGUUAUGUCAAGUGGUCAGAGGUUCAUGACAGACCUUCUGGUCAGUUCCUUGAUGUCAGAUGGCGGCCUUGAGACUGCAUUGCACCUGGCCAUUAAGGCUGAGGUCAAGGGCAUUGAUGACUCUAAGGUAAUUUUAAGGCCACAUACAUUUUUUGAAUCCAUUAUAAAAGGUUUGUAUACCCAAAAUCAAGAUUAUUUGACAGCUGUAUAUUUACAGCAGCAUUAAUGCUUAUAGAGAGUUUUUUGUCUGAAGCUUGUGUAUGAUUAGAUUUAUUGAGAUGGCAUAUGAAAAAAAAGGCAAAAAUGUUUUCCAUGUACCUCAUAUUGUUGCCUCUCAUACUGUUGCCUCUCAUAUUGUUGCCUCUUUAGGAAAAAGAAAGUGAUAUGAAGCUCAAAGAGGAUGGUGGGCAGGAGAAGGACAAGAGAGGGGAGGCGACCGGUGAUGCCAAGAGUGAUGACCCUUUGUUGGAUGUUCAACUCGGUGAUGGGUCCGACGACAGGGAGGCAACCAUUCCAUUGCUGCAGCUCAUUCACCAGCUGUUCAGGUGCUGCAUCAGCCAUGCAUAGUUGUACCAUCACACUCUUCUCACACACUCAUGGUCUCGGUGUAAAUGGCCAGAUUUAGUCAUUUAGUUUGACAUGUAAUUCAUUUUCUAUUAACAUUUUGUUCACUUCUCUCUUUUUCUUUCUAUGAUAUAUUAAGAGCCAACGAUCAAUUUAUUGCUCAUUCUGGCUCCUAUGCUCAUUAUUUAGUAUCCAGUAAUAUUGUGCACAUUUUCAUUUGACCCUAUCAGAAAUUCCUCAACCCACACACUCACCAAGCUACAGGAGGAAGCCAAAUGCGGUGGGAUCAAAACCCCGGAGGCUGAAACUCCCGAGAAUUCCCCGUCCCUUGACCUACUUUUACAGUUCCAGAGACUCCUCAUCUCCAGGAUAUUCCACAGUAACAGCAUGAGUGAGACCCAGUCCCCGACAUCUGUGGGCGGGGACAGCAAGCAGAUGGGCGGCAAGGAGGGCACCGCUGGAGAAAUAGGUCAGCACAUGUUGCUCUUGUGUCGCCCUUGGUCCGCAAGGGUUAACAUGGGGCUGUGUUAGUUUCAAAGUAUUCAAAAGGUUUCAAGGAUUUCUAAAAAAACUGGUUAUAAGUUGUCUUCAGCUCCUGUUAGACUUUUGUUAAACCUUUGUAGCUGAGUGUUUCAAGUUGUACGAUUGGAAUGUUAGAUAAGCACUUUGUAGCUGAGUGUUUCAAGUUGUACGAUUGGAAUGUUAGAUAAUCACUUUGUAGCUGAGUGUUUCAAGUUGUACGAUUGGAAUGUUAGAUAAGCACUUUGUAGCUGAGUGUUUCAAGUUGUACGAUUGGAAUGUUAGAUAAGCACUUUGUAGCUGAGUGUUUCAAGUUGUACGAUUGGAAUGUUAGAUAAGCACUUUGUAGCUGAGUGUUUCAAGUUGUACGAUUGGAAUGUUAGAUAAGCACUUUGUAGCUGAGUGUUUCAAGUUGUACGAUUGGAAUGUUAGAUAAGCACUUUGUAGCUGAGUGUUUCAAGUUGUACGAUUGGAAUGUUAGAUAAGCACUUUGUAGCUGAGUGUUUCAAGUUGUACGAUUGGAAUGUUAGAUAAUCACUUUGUAGCUGAGUCUUUCAAGUUGUACGAUUGGAAUGUUAGAUAAUCACUUUGUAGCUGAGUCUUUCAAGUUGUACGAUUGGAAUGUUAGAUAAGCACUUUUAACAUUUUUAUUUUUUUAACUUAUCAAUAUUAAAUAACUGAACAGUAUGGGGAAUGUUUUCUGCCAGGCUAUGAAAUGCUUGGAGCCGCCUCACUGUUGCGCAAGUACUGCAGCCUUCUGGUGGGCCAUGUCUCCAACAUUCUGCCUACUGCCACCAGCGUAGGAGAGAUGAGCGCACGUAGCUUUGCCAAUGUCACGGCCAUAAUAAACAGAGAUGUCACAGG